AUGCCAAAUCACGUACUCUACGGUACAGCAUUCGCUGCGGAAACUAAUGUAUCUGUAGAAGAAUGCAAGUGUUAUUGUAUGAAUGCGGAAAAGCAAUACGGUAUGGAAUGUCGCAGUAUUGAGUACUAUUUUGAUUCCAGAACAUGCUUACUUAAUAAUUUGAGCAGGACGACAAAUCCAAAAAAUUUCAAUCAUUCCAUUGCUUCCAGGCUAAUGCAUAGCUAUUUCGAUAAAAAUUGUUCCACCCAAAAUGAUGAGUUCUUGACUUACACCAAAGAAAAAUGUUUAUUUGUAACAAAUUUGGCAAUAGUGAAUACAAAUUCUUCGUUAAAUUUUACAAAUAAAAUUGACAGUGAUAGGAAUGCUAUCUCACAGUCUGAUAAGGUAACAAGCGCUUAUAAUAAUAAUAAUAGGGAUUUAACCGAUGGUCUUGUGAUCUCGAAAAUAAAUCUUAUUCAUUUCACUGAAUAUGCUACUCCUUCGAACUAUGACGACCUUUCGCAAGGGGUUAGCAAAGAAGAAGACAAGGACAAAAAAUCAGAAAAAGUCAGCGAGUUGCAACAUUCUGAUCUAACGACACCACAUGCAACAACCAUAAUUCCAGCAAAUGAAAAUUUCACUGAUUUUACAACUAUUUCUGAUUCAUCUUCUGAACCAAACAAUACAACUGCUAUUCUUGUUACGACAACGCCAGUGGAAAUGGAUUAUGCUAUUUCUAAUCAAACAUUUAAAAAAACAACACCAUCUACGGAAAUUGCAACAUAUCCAAAUCUUGGAAAAUGUGAUUACUCAGCCAUCUAUCAAACAUCUUUCCGUGGUACCAAAUUAAUCAAGCGGAUUUUGGUUUCCAGUCCUCAGCAGUGUUUCUAUGGAUGUCAUUUUGAAGGAUGUCGAUCAUCAAAUCUUAUUCCGGUUGAUAAUCAAACAAAUUCUUGUGAACUAUUCAGCGAUGCUUUAAUCGAUUAUCGUACAUCAGAUGUAUUGGUAUACGAUGGCGGUAGCGUAUAUUUCGAUGGUAUUAAAUGCACUGCAAAACGCCGUAAAGUAAAUGAUAGUAGUAGUGAAAAUGAUAAUAGCAUUGAUAAUGAAGAAACAAUCGAUAGUGAACAGUUUGUAUAG